UCCCGAGCCUGCUGAGCCCUUUGCUCCCCUGGCGACUGCCUAGACAGGCAGCAAGGAGUUGUCUCCCAGUGCGUUUUGCCCUCCUAGCUGCCAACUCUGGCUGCUAAAGCGGCUGCCACCUGCUACAGUCUGUUACACAGCCUCGGGAAGAGGAAAGGGACCUCGGAACUUCCAGAUUGCUUCCUCUAGCAAGAAACUGUUUGUUGCAGAUGGAUCUUUGCUUUCAUUAGGAAUAAAGAUGGCUGCUGAACCAGCAGAAGACAAUUGCAUCAAUUUUGUGACAAUGAAAUUUAUUGACAAUACGCUUUACUUUAUAGCUGAAGAUGAUGAAAACCUGGAAUCAGAUUACUUUGGCAAGCUUGAAUCUAAAUUAUCAAUCAUAAGAAAUUUGAAUGACCAAGUUCUCUUCAUUGACCAAGGAAAUCGGCCCCUAUUUGAAGAUAUGACUGAUUCUGACUGUAGAGAUAAUGCACCCCGGACCAUAUUUAUUAUAAAUAUGUAUAAAGAUAGCCAGCCUAGAGGUAUGGCUGUAGCCAUCUCUGUGAAGUGUGAGAAAAUUUCAACUCUCUCCUGUGAGAACAGAAUUAUUUCCUUUAAGGAAAUGAAUCCUCCAGAUAACAUCAAGGAUACGAAAAGUGACAUCAUCUUCUUUCAGAGAAGUGUCCCAGGACAUGAUAAUAAGAUGCAAUUUGAAUCUUCAUCAUACGAAGGAUACUUUCUAGCUUGUGAAAAAGAGAGAGACCUUUAUAAACUCAUUUUGAAAAAAAAGGAUGAAUUGGGGGAUAGAUCUAUAAUGUUCACUGUUCAAAACGAAGACUAGCUAUUAAAAUUUCAUGCUGGGCGCGGUGGCUCACGCCUGUAAUCCCAGCCCUUUGGGGAGGCCGAGGCGGGCGGAUCACCAGAGGUCAGGAGUUCAAGACCAGCCUGGCCAACAUGGUGAAACCCCAUCUCUACAGACA